UAAACCUUACAAUUUCUUAUCUCUAUUUUUUUUUUUUUAAAGAAUAAUGCAAACUAGGUGUAAGUCUAAGUUGUGUAAACCUUUUGUAAAGAUAUAGGUCUAACUAUAAACGACUAGAGUUAAGUCUCCUCUAACAAUUUUCUCUCUCGUCGUCUUCUCGAAGACGAUUAGGGUGAUAACGGCCUAGGUGGUGAGGGUCGGAUCUUCUCACUCUGGUGAGGGAUCGGGUGAGAGUCUUUGUUUACCUGGGUAAACAGAGAGAGAUUCAGAGAGGGAGUCUUCAAUAAGUAGGGAUUUCCUCGUCUGAGUGAGUGCGUGAUUGGGUGGGAAACAGAGAUAGGGUUAGGGCUGAAAGUUUGAAGACCAUGGAAGAUCUAGAGGACUCUUGGAGGCAAAUGAAGCUUUCCAAGGAAGAAUCGGAGACUAUUGAACUAAAUGCUGAGGAAUCGGAGGCUGUUACGAAGAAGGGGCAACUAUGCUUGAUUGGGAAAAUUUGUACGGAGAGGACUAUCAGGAGGAACAUCAUCGCGGCAACCAUGGCUAAAAUUUGGAAGCUGAGCAGACCUGCUGUGUUCCAGGAGGUGGGGGCUAAUCUGUUCGUAAUUAUUUUCAACACACAGGAAGACAAACAGAAGAUUGAAAAGGGGAAGCCAUGGAUGUUCGAUAGUAGCUUGUUCAUCUUGCAGAAAUUCUCGGGAGAUUUCCAGCCAGGUCAUUGAAGGGGCCUUUCAAGCCAUAGGUGAUUUCAGAGAAGCUGUGAGGAAACAUGAAACCAACUUGAAAGGUGGGGGCCAUGUGUCUACUAUCAAACAGUGGAAGAAACUUAAAGAUGGAUGGUUGAAAGCAAACUUUGAUGCGACAAUAGAUGACCAAAAGGGUGGUGUGGGACUGGGAAUUAUCAUCAGAAACAGUAGGGGGAGGUCAUGGCUGCAAUUAGUGAACCACAUAAAAUGAAAGCUAAAGCUGUGAUAGCUGAAGCCAUUGCCUUGAGAAGAACUAUAGAAGUAUGUAGUGAGAUGGGUUUCAAUAAAGUGUUAUUUGAAGGUGAUGCACUUACAUUAAUCAAUGCUGUGAAAUAAGAUGUCGAAUGCUUGGCUUGGUAUGGGCAGGUUGUGGAAGAUGUGAAGAGCAGUUUGAGAGAGCUGCUGCACUGGCAGCUUCAUUUCGUGCGUAGAGAGGGCAAUAUGGUCGCCCAUAGUUUGGCAAAGUAUGCAUUAAAUAUAGAA